GUGUACAAACUGCAAACAAACUUCAUCGUUGAAUGUUGAAGCAAAAUUAUCAUUUCGUUGUUACGAAUGUGUUAACAAAUACAACAUUUAAUUUCUGUACUCUCGGAGCAAACAAAAUUAUUUCCCUUAACAGCUGUCCAGUUUUGUGGGAAUCCAAAUACGCGGAUACGCCACAAUAACACGGAAAUUAUAUAUCGCGCAUCGUUUGCAUUCACACGAACAAGUUUAACGAGCUUUAGCUACUACAACUACAACCAUGUCUGGCGAUUGCAAUCCAUGCCCCACUUCCUGCGAUCCCUGCCAGGCGCCCGUGGAUUAUCCGCCCUGUCCAGCUGGUGCCCAGUGCCGGCCAUGCGAUUGCGGCGACUAUUCUGGCUGCUGCUACCAGCAGCCAGCGCGCACCUUGCCCAUUAUACCGCAGUCGCACUUUAUGCGCUCCUCGGCGCCGCUUGAUACGGAUACGGUCUAUCGACGCUCAUACUAUGCCAACUGCGGCGACAAUUUGCGGGCGCUUCCAGUGCGUCCUUGCAACCACAUUGCCGCCAAUACGGCGCCCAUGGACAAGUGCACCAUACAAAAGCUAUCAUAUAUGCCUCCGUGCCCGGCCGGACGCACCAUGCCCAUACGUCCAAUGGAGAGCGGCCUGCGCUUCGAGGGUCCCAUUUAUGCAAUGACUUCUCAGAAGCACGACUACGUGCCCAAGGGCAAUGUGAAGCGUGAGCCUUGCCUGCCGCGCGUUGCGAUCUGCACUUCGACGGCGCCCAUGGAGCGCUGCACCAUACAGAAGCUCAGCUAUAUGCCAGUGGAUGUGUGCCAGAAUCCGCCACCGAAGCUCAUACCGCAGAGCUCGCACUACACCAAGCCGUGUGGUCCGAUGGAGCGCUGCACCGUGCAGAAGCUAUCGUAUAUGCCAGUGUGUCUGCCGGCCAGGGAGCCCACACCCUGGGCGGAUAAAGUGCGCUGUGUGCCGCCGCAAUAUCAGAACAUCUGCACCACAUACAAUCUUAGCUACAUGCCCAACUGCAAUGCCGGACGCACUGCUCCUGUUAUGCCCAUGAAUACGCUGCGUUUCCUGGGCAAUGAUCUGGGCGCAUCCAGCACAGUCUACAAGCUCAGCUACAUGCCCGUCGAUGCCUCACGCACCAGGCCCUUGCCGAUUAUGCCGCGCGACACUUUCCGUCGAGCAACUGGACCGUUGGAAAAAUGUACAGUGCAGAAGCUUUCAUACCAACCCAAUUGCACGGAGCGCACGCCGCCCAUACGUCCCAUGGAGAAUGGCUUGCGCUUUGAUGGGCCCAUGUACGCAAUGACUACACAGAAGCACGACUUUGUGCCCAAGCCGCAUGUACGCCGUGCACCCAUUAUGCCGGUUACGGCGUUCUGUCGUCCCAGCGGCGCCAUGGAGCGCUGCACCGUUAACAAGCUUUCGUAUAUGCCGGUGGAUGUGACUUGUUUCCCACGACCGGAUCCGGUGCGUCCGCGCCAAGGCUUCUGCCGCAACGAGGGUCCCAUGGAGAACUGCACCACCUACAAGCUGAGCUACUUGCCCAACUGUGUGCAGCCCAAAGAGCCGCUGCCCUGGGCACGCUACACCUCAUACUGUCGUCCCAAUGCACCCAUUGAGAAGUGCACCAUACAGAAGCUUAGCUAUGGACCGCCAGGUGCCUUUCAACGUUGUGGUGGUCCGUGUGGCUCUGGCCCAGCUGAUGCGGGCUGUUAUCCCAAGGCUGGCAUUUGUUGAUUCGGAAAUACCAUUUGCUUGCUCUAUCUCUUACACACACUCACACACACACACGUGCCGAUCGAGUCGGAUUGUUCAAGUUCCAGUGUUCCUCCAUGUUUCCUGUCGUUUCAAAAUCUUCAAGUCAAAUGGCAACGUCGCGCUUUUAAAUCUGCUCAGCAAGCAGCAAUUAAUGUUACACACCCACACACCCAAGCCCGUUUUAUAUAUAAAUACACACACACACAGAUGCAUGCAUAGAUAUGCAUACCAAUGGGAGAGAACAUCUCUCUCUCUAUACACACAUACAAGCAACCAAACCAGGUGCGUUAAUUGUUGUUGCGUCUUACCGACAAUCAUUAGCAAAAUUAGCAAAUGUGCUCUGUUUAAUUAACGUGUAUUGUUUUAUGUCUUGCUAAAAUUAAAGUACUAGUUAAACCA